AAAUUUGAAAAUAAUCUCGGUAAUAAUUGCAGUGGUGCUUCAUCCAUUUCACUGGCGCCAUCAGCAGGCCGUUCACAUCCUAUGAGCCACUCGCAGCCGUGUCUUAUUGUACCGAAUAAUCAGAAACUGAUCCAGUCACUGCGUGAAGAAAAUCUUCACUUGAAACGAGAAAUCGAAGCGAGCAAAAAGAAACUCGUUAAAUUACAACAGAUGGAGGCCGCUUAUGAGCGAAUAGAAAAAGAUUACGAAAAUCUUUUGAGAGAGAAGGAACGGCAGGAGGGCGUUGAAAAGACAGCCUUAGUUCAGAUGGAAAUGCAUUUGAAAAGGUUUAUCCUUUUAAUUCCACUUGAUUCAACUCUCCAAGACCGACUAGAACAAUUUUCACUACCAAAUGCUCAGGCGAUGGAGAAGGUUAAUCAGUUAAAUAUGUUAGUGACCGUGAAGGAACGUCAGCGGCUCGAACUCGAAGCUCAAAAUGCUACACUGGAGGAGCAGCGGACUCAUAUUUCGAUGCUUGAGAAGGCUUUAAGCAAUGCCCAAGAGCGUUUGGCAAAACGCGAAAAAGUUUGUGACGAACUCACUAUAGCUGCUGAAAGGGCUAAUCAUUUACAACGUCUUCUUCAUGAAACACUGUUGGACAAACAAGCUCGCGACGAAACGCAUGCCCAGGAACGGGUUCAGUGGGAAAUGGACAUGACUCAACUGAAGAUGCAGCUUAAUAAAGUAAUUUUUCAAUCAUUCUUGGAAGAAGUUAUAUAUUUCGAAAAUGUGUUUCUUGUUCUAUGCUUGCGUAAUACGAGUGAGGAGAGGGUAAAGCUCGGAGAAAUUCUGGAUGCCAAUAACGAUACUGCAAUUGGUAUGCAUAAGAUGGAGGAAAUCCGUCAAAAGAUCCAAGAACGCAAACGAAAAGGUCGAAUAUGUGCUACCGGAGGGUAG